UUUAUCUUCCCCUUCAGUCCCUGUGCUGCUCUUCCUCUUGUCAGCCACUCCUGUCUGAGGACAUGGGCCUGCUCACCUUCCUCUCCUCGCUCAAAGAGCGAGCAGAAAAGUUCCUCAACGAGAAGAACAUCGUCACAGACUUCCUGGGGAAGCUGGAGGAGAAGACUGGCAUCAAAAAGAAGAUCCUUGCCGCCGGUGCUGUGUCAGUGACGGGACUCUACCUGGUUUAUGGGUACGGCGCCUCGCUAGUCUGCAACCUCAUUGGUUUCGUGUACCCAGCGUAUUUCUCAGUCAAAGCCAUCGAGAGUGCCAACAAAGAAGACGACACAAAAUGGCUGACCUACUGGGUGGUGUACGGUGUCUUCAGCCUGGGCGAGUUCUUCUCAGAUAUCUUCCUCUACUGGUUCCCCUUCUACUAUGCAUUCAAGUGUCUCUUCCUGUUGUGGUGCAUGGCACCCAUCUCCUGGAACGGAUCCCAGGUUAUCUACAAUCGUGUGGUCCGACCCGUCUUCCUCCGCCAUGAAGCCACCGUGGACAACAUGGUUAGCGACCUGAGCGGCAAGGCCAUGAACGCUGCUGAGAACCUCACCAGAGAAGUUCUGUCCACGCUGGUGAAGAAUAAAGCCCUGGUCAGUCGGGCUGCUGCGCCUGAAGCUAAAGGUUUGCCGAGUACGUCUGGAGAAAGUUCUACUGGAAGAAGAAUUCCGUCACAGUCCAGCGAAGACAGACAGCCAUUCCUGGGCUAACCAGCAAGCUUGGCAACCAGUGUUCUUGGAGGAAGAGGAGGGCCUGUCUGACUUUGUGCAAACGGAAUGAUACAUGCUUUGAAAAGGCAUAUGUGAAUGUACACUGGAUGAAGCACAUGUUGAUUACACUUUUAAAAAGCAUUUGAAUGACUAGAACAUAAUAUAACAAUAAUGAUUAUUUUGUUACUGCAAUAUUAUUCACUGCCAACAGUGGGCGUUUGUAAUAAAAUUACUGUUUUAAUAUUUUUUUCAUACUUACUUUGCUACUUUUUUUGGUUUUGUUGUUUGAGUAAAGGUGAAAAUGAUGAUACUUGUUUUAAUUGUUAUGACAAUAAUAAAGCUAUGUGUCAUCAACCCUUUUGCACAAAAUUGUAGUCUUAGUGAGCCACAACACGUUUUAACUACAAUCAUUUUACACAAGAAAAAUAAAAAUAUUCGUUAUUGACUCAGUUACUACUGAUGUGUGGAUUGAUAU